GCACAAUUGUUCCAGCAGCAUUGAUUCAAAACGAGCAAAACCCUGCAGCGGUUUCGACAUGCAAGUGUCUCAUCGGCAGUCAGGCUUGCUGCAAUCAAUGCUGGCGAUGGUGACGGACCUUCGUAAUUAUCAUUCCCGAUAUAAGGGGGCUUCAUUGCAGUCCACCCUGCCGCCCCCUGUGGUUCAGUCGGAGCACAGGCGGUUUGCAUGAAGCAACUCGGCUCUGCCCCCUUGCUGUCAUCCACCUGACGAGCCUCUCGAUCCUCCACCAUCAGCAGCAUUAGCAGCCUCGCCUCCGUCUGCCUGUGCUGCGCUCAUUUCCAGCCUCUCCUCCUCCCCAGCCGCGCGUUGCAGCUGCGAUGAAGGCUCAGCAGUCAACGGCGUUGGUGUUGCUUCUGUGCUCGGCACUCAUCUCCCUGACCCUCUGUGCUAAGAAGUCUCCGAAGAAGGCAGUGACUCGGAACACGACCACCGCAGCCAUUCCUACCACGACGCAGCAGACGGACGUGGCACCCACAGUCGCCAAGAAACGCGAAAUGAAUACGGACGUGGAUUACCAAUGCCUCGAGGAGAAGCUCACCCUCCAAUCGUGUGAUAAGGUGCCCUGCAAGCCGUGGCAGAAGUGCGUGAAGGGGCGCUGCCUGUGCAAGCCCGCUUACAAGUGUCCCAAGCUGAGGCAGCCCGUCUGCUCGCUGGACAAGAGGGACAUCCCUUCCUACUGCCACCUCAAGAGCUCCGAAUGCUUCAAAUACGUGAAGGGCUUCUCUCACUUCGGAAAAUGCGCCGACAAAGAAGUUUCAAAUACUAUCUUCACGGAGGCUCCGGACGGGUACAAGUUCGUGCAAAUGGUCGUCGGAGGAGUGCCGAUGUCAAUUUCUGACCAGGAUUGGAGCAUCACGGACGCAAAUGUGGCCUGCAGACAGAUGGGGUUUCUGCUGGGAGCUGAGAAGACGAUGCUCGUGGAGUGCAGCGACCCCGAUGAGCAGUCGCUCGUGACGCACGUGCGAUGCAAAGGCUUCGAGAGCAGCCUUUCCGAGUGCAAUUACAAAGUGGGCGACAGACCGCAGGGGGAGGAUCAUUCCUGCAGAGCAAAAGCCGCCGUGAAGUGCAGCGCGAGCGGACAAGCGUGCGGCGGCGACUCCUUCACAUGCGUCAACGGGAAGUGCAUCGACGAGGCGAGGCUGUGCGACGGCUACGAUGACUGCGGCGACCUGAGCGACGAGGUUUGCUGCAAAGCGUGCAAGAACGACUCGCUGUGGUGCAGCACGGGGAUCUGCGUGCCGCGGGCCUUCGUGUGCGACGGAGAGAACGACUGUUACAACCGCGAGGACGAAGCGACGUGCGGUCAAAGCGAUCGUGAGUCGAACGCAGAACUUAAAGGUGUACUGCAUGAGAGAACGGAGGUCACGAAAGCUCAAGAGCUUAUCUGCGGCAACUCGACCUUUCAGCCGCACGCCUCUCUUCCCGGGAGAGUACGCAGACUCAUCGGCGGCAAAACCGCCGAGCAGGGUCAAUUUCCAUGGCAAGCGGCGGUGCUCAAAGAAAAAUUCGUUUGGACGUGCGGCGCCGUGUACCUGGGCAGUCACUGGGUGCUGACAGCAGCGCACUGCGUGGGAUUCGGACGUGCGGACAUGCGCGUGCGUCUGGGCGAGCACUCACGGAACACGAAAGAAGCGUCGCAAGACAGCAUGUCAGUGGAGAGCGUGACGAUACACUCUGGCUACAACGCCAACACAAACCAGCAUGACAUUGCGCUGCUGAAGCUGCGCAUGUACAACCAGCAGUACCAGUACUCUCGGUACGUGUCACCUGCGUGCCUCCCACACUCGCCGCUGCAGUUCGAGAGGCAUCAUACGUGCUACGUGUCGGGCUGGGGCACUGCUCGUGACUUGCAGUCGUCCAAUAAACACCCCGAUAUCUUGCGCUGGGUUGACGUGAACCUCAUCGCAAACUGCUCCAAUAUCUACAAUCAAUACUUCAUGGAUGGGAUGGACUGCGCAGGGAAGCAUGACGGCUCGGCGGACACCUGCGACGGCGACUCCGGGGGCCCACUCGUCUGUUUCGACAAAGGCGGAAAGGCGUACGUUUGGGGUUUAGUGAGCUGGGGUGAUGGCUGCGGAAACGUAGAUCGUCCCGGUGUCUACGCCAAGGUGGCAUACUACCAUGACUGGAUCUUGCAGCACACGAGCACAGAUCUGUUUCCGCACUACUGAUCAUCUGCCCACUCCUGCUAAAGGCUCGUAACGUACGUUGAACCUAUCUUGAUUUGAAGCUUUCGUGACUGCAGGAGUCCAUAUUCUUUGGUUCCUUCGGUGAAGUCACAUAGAAAUGAAAUAAAAAUAAAU